GCAGCAAGCCAGUCUAUACCAAUACUGCCCUUAGCGGUUGUCAAAAGCCGGUCUUUGCCCAGUAUCGAAUAUGUCGAAGCACAUUCUCGUGUGCUACUACACUGUAAACUAAAGUGCAUUUAUUAUCCGUCGUAUAACCAUAUUUAGCCUGGAAUAACCAGUGUUGAUUACCGAUCAGUUAUUGAUCAAGCACAUCUCAUUGAAAGGACACCGAUCGGGAUUGUUUGCACCUACAGAUGUUUCGUCUAUUAUAAUGCAAGAUGCAUGCUGAUGCUCGGAAGGGGCUGCUCGACUGCGUAUUACUCGUCCUUUUAACCUCCUCCACCUACUGAAAAUAAUCGUAAACAGCUGAAAAUCGUUGAUAUUUUGGGGUGAAGAAUGACAGAAUAUAAGCUUGUGGUCGUGGGGGCUGGAGGCGUGGGCAAGAGUGCUCUCACCAUCCAACUCAUCCAGAACCACUUUGUGGAUGAAUACGACCCAACCAUAGAGGACUCCUACAGGAAGCAGGUGGUGAUUGACGGGGAGACGUGUCUCCUGGACAUCUUGGACACUGCAGGUCAGGAGGAGUACAGCGCCAUGAGGGAUCAGUACAUGAGGACAGGAGAGGGCUUCCUCUGUGUCUUUGCCAUCAAUAACACCAAGUCCUUUGAGGACAUUCACCACUACAGAGAGCAGAUAAAGCGAGUAAAGGACUCCGAGGACGUCCCCAUGGUCCUGGUGGGGAAUAAGUGUGAUCUUCCUUCCCGCAGUGUGGACACAAAGCAGGCUCAGGAUUUAGCACGAAGCUACGGCAUCCCGUUUAUAGAGACCUCAGCAAAGACGAGACAGAGAGUGGAAGAUGCCUUUUAUACUCUGGUACGGGAGAUCAGGCAAUACCGGCUGAGAAAACUCAGUAAAGAAGAAAAGACGACUCAAUGCAUCAAGCUUAAAAAAUGUGUUUUGAUGUGAGAGGGGGCGUGGACGACGCGUUUUAUACUCUAGUCCGAGAAAUCCGGAAACACAAGGAGAAGAUGAGCAAGGAAGGCAAGAAGAAAAAGAAGAAAUCCAAAACAAAAUGUAUAUUAAUGUGAACAAGCCUUUCCUGUCAUUAUAGACUCAAAAAAAAAAAAAAAAAGUUCCACAACUGCAUUUUGUACAUUACACUAAAUUAUUAGCCUCCUCAGAAUACAGAAUGGAUCCUUAUUCUACUUGCUUUCUUAAAAGAAAUAAGCUUUACUUCUCAUUCGGUGCCAGUUGCCCCAAAGUGUUGGUCCCCUUUAUGGCUUAUUUUAUCGGGUGGGCUGUCAGAACUGGUGUUAUUUUGCAGUUGGUUUAGAGUAGUUCAGCAGAUUUAUAAAGAAAGAUGUGGACAUGAAAAAAAAAGUUUUGGUGUGCUGUAUGAGAGAGAACUAGCCAUGUAGCUGUUUAGCCGUGAAAUUUGCAUGUGAGUCACUUGAUUUUACAGGAACUGAAACAUUGAGGAAUUACUUUUUUAGGACCAACACUUUCAGGGGGUGUUUUGAUACAUUAUCACUGUGUAUGACCCUGCCUUUGGAUGUCCCAGACUUCCAAAAACAACCUGCAUGUGAACUUCCAUUGUAGUCGGAUUAACGUGCCCUUUCUCGAAAGCCAUGGUAAUGUAUAUAUGGUGAAUUCUUAACCACGUUAACCUUAUUUCCCUGUUUGCAUGCUGUGUUCUGUUCUUUAAACUUCCAGGGAACGGUAAUGCGUUGAAUACUGUAUAAUAGCCACUGUUGUGUAGAAAGGAUUUUCUCAGUUGGUCCAAACUGGCGCUAUUGUUUCAACAAGGCCAUUAUUGUGAUUUCAGUUAAAUUCAUGAAGGUUUAUAUAGAAGUCAAAAUCUGCUGAGAGGUAACAUUGAAAAUGAUCGUCGUAAUGUUUUAUUAACCUUUUUAAACAACUGAGAAGAUGGUGAUCUGCAUUUUAUAAAAGGCACUUGUCAAUUUCAGGGAGUGAAGUACAAAUUUAUACUCGCAUGCGUUAUAUAUUAGGUAUGUUACGUUUCUGAAAGACAGCUUGUCGAAGCCGCUUGGCCCGCAUUUUCUUUUAGGUAAGCGAUAAGUAAAAACGUUUGUGUGUACAUUUUGUUUUUGGGAAAUGCGUGCUCUCCCUGAACCUCUGCUGGCUUCUCGUAAAUGCUACCGAAUAUUGUGCACGUUAUUUUUUUGACAGGCAAAAUGUUUACAUUCAGCUGUCGCGAAUUCGUUGACUUUUGAAAACCAAGUAAAUUUUCUUGUUUCUUUUUUUUCUGGAAAGGAGUGGUUUUGAUGCACAAAGUUGUCUCUUAUAACGCAAAUCUUUUCUUUAAACGCAUGAAAAUGCAGAUCCUGUUGUAAGUAAUAGUGAAAAAUCACUUUUUAAAACUGGCGUUUCAUUAUUGCGCCUUAGCAGAUUUUGACUCGCAAAUAUAAAGCUGUUGACCAAUCAGAAUCAAGUAUUCCAGGGAGUGUGUAAUCAUUUCGAAUCUCUUUUCUGUAAGGAUCUACACUAGCGAACACCUCACUUCUGCACUCAAAGGAGGAUUUUUAUGACGUAUGAAUAUUUACCCUCUUGUGCCCAGCCAAACAGCGCCUUAGAAGUCGGAGUAAUUACGUUGAAUUGUUUUUGCUAAAUUUUGAUUGGUGAAUAUAACCUACUGUACCACUAGUUGAGAUGCAAAUAUAUGUUAAAAAGAAGGAAGAAAACAAAUGCCUUGGUUGUUUAUGCUGCCAUUGACCAUCAAGACGUUCUGGUUCUAGAAGCCCAAUUCUAGUCGAAUCGAAGCCGAACGCAUAAAUUCCCAAGAGUCAGUCAUGAAUAGUAUACAAUGGUAAAAAUGUGGCUAGCUUAGUCCUGGAGGGCAAAUUUUCAGCCAUCACUCAAACCAAAGAGAGUGAUAUAUAAAGAUUUAUUUUGUGUGGCAAUAUUUGUGAUGUCAUGAUGAUGUAAUUUAUAGGAGAUUUCCAAUAUAUACGAACAGAAUGUUGCUUUAAAACCUUCGGUGAGCUGUUUUACCAUGCGUCCUUAACCAUUACUAGUUUGUUUUUCUAAUAAUUGUUUCUAUAUCACAGUUUGACUAAUACAGAGAAAUCUAAACAGGAAAUAAAUCAGGAUGUCCGCUCUUAUGCAAAUUUAAAGUGUUUUGGGUGAUUUCUGUUCCCUUUAAAAUCAUUUACUAGCCGUCUGUAACGCGAGUAGCAAAGUCAUUAGAUAUUUUUGGAAAUGUUCUGUCUGUUUGUGUGCCAAUUGCAAAUGUUGAUAAAAUGGUUCACGUAUACAUGGACCUUGUUUUAACAGCCUUUGUACGGUUGUGAUAAGAAAGAUGACUAUUUUGUAAAUUGUGCUUUUUUUUUUUUUUUUGGUUUAAUGAAUCGAAUGACACUUAAUUGUAAUUAAGGGUCACGUGUUAACGUCUAUGAGAAAAUGCCGAUCUGAGGUCGUCUUUCGCAUCUGUCAUGUUUUGGUGAAUGUGAUUUUUAUUAGGAUGAGGAAAGCUGUUCUCAGAUCUGCACUGUUUUAUAAAUACAACCCAAUCCUGUUUUCCCCCAUUAAUCUCAUCAGUCUUAUUUAAUGUGUAAUUAAAAGAAAUGCAUAAAACCCA